AGGUCGUCCGCUUGAGUUGGAUCUCCCUAUUUCCCAAAACAAACAAACAAACUGGAUCUUCUUCCCCCCGAUCGCCGACCACGAAUCGUGGUGUCACUGCCACUCACUCAGAGCACGACAUGGUAGUAACGUACGGUGCUACUGCACAGUCCACAGGCCACAACCUCGCAUCACGACACGACACGACACGACAUCCAUACACCGCGCGAUGAGCAGGUACGUGCCCCCGCAUCUCCGUGGAAAGGGAGGAGCGUCGCCGUCAACGAGCAGCAGCAGCAGCAGCAGCAACAACAACAACAACAGACGCGGCACCCCGAAUUCCGGUAGGGGAGCAAGCCGGUGGGACCAUCUCGAUGCCCCGCGAGAUGGCAAUGAUCGUGGGAACAGAAACAGAAAUCGCGGCAGGUUUGGUUUUGACGCCAAUUCCAAUUCCAAUUCGAACCCGAACACCAACGGGAAUCGCUCCCACCAGGAAAAGSUUGCGUCGAAGGGGAACAAACCGACCGCAAGCCGCUGGGCCAACGUGAAUCGGUCCGCCAUCGAAGCGGGAGGGAGUUCGGGCAGGAGUCCUGGCAGGAGUCCUCCGCGCUUUGGUGCUCGCCAAAACCAUCAUUCGAACCGCCAUCCGAACAACUCGCAGCACGUCAGGGCCGUCUUUUUCGGGGACUCCUUCAUCAAGCUCUUCGGACUCCUGAACGACUACUCGGAUUCCGUCCUGCGGAAACCCCGGACCAUCGAGGUCCACAAGUACAAGGCCGCCAGCGCCAAGGGCCUGUGCCGCGAUGGGAACGAGAACCGGGCUUGCAUUCGGCGCGUGGUGGACCGCCUCCAACAGCACCAGUACCCAAACCUCGAGCGGCUCGUCUUUUGCUUUGGGGACGUCGACGUCCACAUGUCCUACUACUACAAAAAGUUCGUGGUGGGCCAGGCCCUCACGGAGACCGACCUGGAAGCCAUCGCCUGCGACUACGUGGAUUUCGUGGCCGGCCUGCCGGUUCCGGAGCCRGCGUCCCUCCGCAGGCUCGUCGUGGGCAUCUACCCGAGCCCGCUGGGGGACGGGGACGUCGGUGCCAGCCUCAAGGCCUACGGAAGCCUGGACACCCUCGAGCAGGUCGAGGCGGUCAACGCCUCGGACGACCGGAAAAUGGAGGCCCGCCAGGCCCGGGUCCAGCUCUUCAACGACGCCCUCCGGGAGCGGUGCGCCCACCACAACCGCAUCGCCGAGAGCCAGGGACGGGAUCCCGUGCUGGAGUACCACGACGUCCAGGACGAGCUGCUGACCACCACCACUAUCUCGGCACGCGAGGAUGGAUCGCCGGACGAUUCGCCGAGAGAAGUGGUAGUGGUGAGGGACGCCUACCGCGACGUCUCGGACCUCAACAUCCAUCUCAUCCACGAGACGACCCUGCAGCUCUGGGUCGAAAAAUGGCCCUGGUACAAGGCGCUCACGCUCCCUCCCGAGGAACGACACGACCGCAGGCCACCGCCCAUUGGCUUUGUGGAAUACCUCCAGAAAACCUUUGACGAGUACCGAAAGACCAAGCCAUGGGCGGAACGGACCCACGUGGCGGAAACCAUGGGGGUACAGCUGCCGCCUUCCUCGUCGUGAGCAAACACCACCGCAGAUUGUCCAACGUUG